AUGAUUGGUAGAAUACUCCCCGAUCAAACCGCGUUUGAUGAACCGGUGAUGGUUUUAAAAAAAAAGAAAGAUACACCACUAUCAAACGUCGCUACAAAAACAAUUGGUACUGAUCGCGACAAGUUUAAUCACGAUGGUGGUGUGCUAGGUGAAAUGCAUCAUCUAUCUUCUGCAGUGAAUAACAACAACAACAACAUCAACAACUAUGAUCAUAUUAGUAAUGGUAAUAUGAAUACUAUGAUGAUGACAAUACCAAUGAAACCAAUUGGUACAUUUGGUCAAAAUCAAAAUAGUUUAAAUCAAUUGGAUAAUAAUAAUAAUAAUGGAGAUGAUACAGAUGAUGAAGGAACUGGAACUCAACCAUUAGAAGAUUCACAACAAAACAAAAACAAUAAUGAUGAGAAUGUUCCACCUGCAGGACUACAACAUCAAUACACUCAACAAAUAUCAAUCACUCCAUCAAAAUCGAUGCAAUGUCCUAAAGCGCCGACCAAGACACCGCUACGAUCUCCAGCCAACAAGGCUGAAAAAUACGACUUUACCAUCAACUCGAAUGGUGAUACUGUCAACCCUGUACACUUUUUGACACAACGAAAACGAACAAAGUCUUCGUCUUCGCAUUUUGUAUAUAUCCAAAAGUUGGGAGAAGGAUGUUUUGGCGAGGUUUGGAAAGCAAAGUCACUCAUUGACGAUUGCAUGUAUGCCAUUAAAAAGAGCAAACGUCCAAUAUGGGAGACCAAGACACGUAACGAACAACUACAAGAGAUUGAAAAGGGGAUGGUGUUGGGACACCAUCCAAACAUUUCCAUUAUAAAAGCUGCAUGGGAAGAAGGCGCACAUUUAUACAUCCAACAAGAAUUGUGCGAAAAGGGUAGUCUCAAAGAUGAACUAAAUCGUCGUGUUGACAAGGCCAUCGACGAAGAAACACUAUGGCGUUAUAUUGCAGAUAUUGCUCGUGGACUAGAACACAUACAUAAUCAUAAUAUCAUUCAUCUUGAUAUUAAACCAGAAAACUUAUUAUUUUCAAAUGAUGAUUUUGGAGUAUCAACAACAAAUGGUGAUACAGAAGGAGAUAAAGUUUAUAUGGCAUUGGAAUUAUUGGAUGAUCAAGUUAGUACGGCUGCAGAUGUAUUUAGUUUUGGUAUUACCAUUUUGGAAGCUGCCACCAAUUAUGAUUUGCCUCAGGGAGGACAAUGGUGGCGUAAUCUUCGUGAGGGGCAAGUGCCCUUCCCAGAUGACUGCGAGGUCUCUCCAACACUUAGGAAUUUAAUCGUCUCCAUGAUGGAAACUAAUCCAGCCAGUCGAAUAACCAUCAAACAAAUAUUGGAAUUGGACAAGGUCAAAGAAAUUGUUGAAGCAAAAAAGAAAAUAGAGCAACCAAGAAGAUUACAAAGAAAACUAUUUUAA